ACGACGCGUAGCCAGCCACGAACAGACAUCGCGACGAACUGGUACCCAGCGGACAUCACCUCAAUCGGAAGGCAAAUUUGUGCAGUGAACGAAGCACCCAGACCGGAAGAACCAAUCAAGUCAGUUUGGGUUUCCUAGUUGAUACAGUAAACAAUAUUAAGUGUGCGGUGAUUUGCCCUUUUCGGAAGCAAAAGUGUCCAAAUCGGUUCCGGUGCGUGUAGUUCCUCAGUGGGUGAUCUGUCAUUAACGCAAUCGCGCUGUUUGGAAUUAUCGUGGCAGGGCGGUCUACUUGGUGCAAGGUUCUAGAACCACUUGGACCUGUGUACGGUGCGCGACAUUAAAAGUUUCCGCCUGUGCCGCUCGGUUUUACGUACGUGAUAACGCACAAACAGUUUUGCUGAACGUGAUCUUGGUGAUUCCGAUUGUCGAUUGCAAUCGAUUCGGCUGUUGACUUAAUUUCGAUUCAAAGUAAUAACCGCCGUACCGAAACCGCACGAUGUGGAAGUUCAUUGUCAGCGUGCUUAUGCUAACCGUGCUCGUGGCGGCACAGGGAGAUUCUUAUACCUAUGUGAUGCAGUGCAAACGUUCGGAUCCGGAGCUGAUUUCAUGUCUGAAGGCUUCCCUGCACCAUUUGAGGCCGUACCUGGCCAUGGGAAUACCCGACAUCAAGCUCCCACCCGUCGAACCGUUCGUCAUGGAUCAGCUGUCACUUCAGCUAACCGGUGGACCGCAAGGUUACAGGAUUAAUUUGAAAAACAUGGAAGUAUUUGGCGCUAGUAACUUCACCGUUAAAACUAUCAAAUUGAGUGAUGGCGACAAGCCGUUCGAAGCCAGACUCACCAUUCCGAAGCUGAUAAUCAACGCGAAGUACACCUCCAGCGGGGUGCUCAUUAUCAUUCCCGCCAGCGGUGCGGGUGAUUUCGAUGCCGUUUUCGAUGGAGUCACCGCCGAUGUAAAGGGCCGCGUGUCGUUCAACGAGAAACCAACUGGAACCCAUAUGCGGGUGGAAACGCUCGAUCUGAAUCUAUCGAUCAAGAAGCCCCGGUUGAGCGUUUCGAAGAUCUUCAACAACAACCGUAUUUUGACCGAAGCCACCAAUCUGUUCCUGAAGGAAAAUGGCAACGAAGUGCUGCGAGCCCUGCAACCUCAGCUGCAGAAAAAGCUGUCGGCCGAAUUCCUCAGUAUCUCCCACCAGCUGAUGGAUAACGUACCUCUCAGCGCGUUCCUCAUCGAUUAAAAUCGAUUUUUUUUCUCGUAAGGUUCUAUUCCGCAUGUAUGUUGGACACGAUCAUUAGAUUUUGGUGUUUUGUUAUACAUUGUCUUGCCGAUAGCUGAACAAAUUUGUGAAUUUGUGUAUCAUGAAUAUUAUAGGGAUACUCAUUAAUCGUUGAACGAAUCGUACAUAAGAAUGAAUUAUAUGAAUGAAUUUUUCCGGUACUAGUGAAAACAAAGAAAAUAUAUAUUGUAGAUAAUCGUGUAAGCAUAAAAAAAAAUAAUUUGUUAAAAUCUGAGGUCUCCGCAAAGGCAGACUAGAGUUAGUACGUUGGCCUUGUUUCAAGUUGAUCAUCAGGCGUCAAUAAAAUAUAAUGUUUUUCAAAUAGGUCUUCUAAGUACCUGGAAUUGUGAUCACCUAUGUACAACACUAAUGAAAAACUUCGCUGAGUUGAAAUUCGAACCUAUGACGGCAGCUGCAUUUGAGCGUAGUUUUAUAUGAUUGUAAUAAAUAUAUGUUUUGUGAUAAAAA